UUGCAGCCCAUUCAUGUGACCUGAAUUAAGUGUCUUUUCAUUGGAUCCAUUCCUUUGAAAGUAGUAAUGAAUUUUACAAGUAGAUAAAUAGAGAAUACUCACUGUUUGCAUUGUAUUUCUAGGUGAAAGUACUUAACAGUUGCAGCUGUACAACAGUUUUACUCUGAUGAUAAAUUCUGGCACUUGCGCUCUCUAAUAGGGAAGCCAGCACAAGUCCUUUCAAAAACCAUGCAUAGGGCAUAUAGGGUGGCACUAUUGGGUGAUUCCGCUGUUGGAAAAACAUGUCUGUUUAAUAGAUAUUUAAAAGGACCAGUUGGUUUCAGUCAAGAUACUUUGCCCACUACUAAAGUUGACUGUGGUACUAAGAAAGUUUAUCAAGAUCAUGGCAGAGUCGUGACAUUUUCAAUAUGGGACACUUCUGGCCAUGAAAGUUUUCGCGAUUUUGUUAAAGGGUACUGCAGAUAUACGGACGCUGCUAUUAUUGUGUAUGACAUAACACAGCAAGAUUCACUUCGAAAUGCAAGGGAAUGGUUUGACAUACUUCGGCGUGACUCCAGGCCGAAUAUUUUCAAAGCACUUGCAGGAAACAAAGCAGAUCUUGUUAACGAGAGGCAGUUGACGUUUGAGGUAAUUUGUGUUUGUAGCCAUAAGUUUAUGUCAGGUAUAAAAUCUGCAGUUACAUUAUCAAAUCCAAUUCAAUUGAGGAAAUUCGUUAUAUUAAUUUGUACAUACAUUGCAUCACAUCGCGCUGAUUUUUUUUACUCUAACAAGUUUGUUUGCUAAUCGGUAUCAAGUUCCACAGCAAGUGUAGACAAAGAGUUCUCAUUUUCAUCACUCGCCUCUUGGUCUUCCACACAAUAAACUUUAUGUCUCACUAGACGUUGCUCAGAGUUUUAAUUUGCUUGCCUGCAGUUGUCUAUGGGGCACCGUUUGUAAAUUUAUCCUUAAUUUUAAUUUUCGGUCGUUUUUACAGGUUCGAUUAC